AUGCCACGCCGAAUCGGCGCCAACUCGAUUGCUCCAGAAGCCCCGAAUACUGCACAACCAACUGUCAAUCCGUAUAGACGAAUUGUUCUUCCCAUGAAGGUCAUAGUCGGUCUCACCAUCAUGACAGCCGCCUGUAUCUCGUUCUCUGGAUUCGUCAUCUACGUGGUGAUGACCAAACCGCACAAUCCGAACAUGACCGUGACAGAGUAUGGGCCGUUAUAA